CAAUUUUGCAAAAAGAUUUCUACGUUUGUCUGAAUUAACUGUACUUUCAUCCCGGGCAGAUGUUUGUUUGAUAAUCACGGUCCGCUAAUUCUCCUUUGAGACUUAAAACAGUAAACAUUUCGAAAUUAUUGUCUUGUUUGGGUUAUUUUUAAUGUUGUUGGUGUUUUUACAACACAUUCUUCUUACAUAAUGCAGAUUAAUCAAAAGCCGUUGUUUUUAACACGUCUCAAGUAUUUCACCUUGUAAUUCAACAAUUGCGUUUAGAUUUCCUGUACAACUCGUUCAUUUCGAUAAUUUGUCGCUUUGAACAAAUCCUUUGGACAGUAGUUCUUCGCCGUGGUCCGCUUAUUCUCCUUCUCGCUCGUGACCACCAGUAAACACGGCGAAAUGUAUUUGUGGGAUCGAUUGGAAUACCAGUAAAUAAAUAACGUAUCAUAAGACCAUUCGUCCAAUAUUUCAACUCGUCAUGAUAUAUGAAGAAUGGGAAUAUUGACAAUGAUAAUAUCCCAAUUAGAGAAACAGAGCAAAAAGCUAAUCAUAAUUUGGACAUUGUAUUUUAGAUUGUCUUUUGUUAGUUCUAAUAAUUUAUGUCCAGAUGUGUGUGAGUGUAUUAGCCAAGAUUCCUAUUUACAUGUAAAAUGUUCAGGAGUAAACCUAGAUGAAAUUGUUCUUCCUUCAGAGACACAAGUCAUCAAGUUGUUCAAUGUUAGAACGAAAAUAUUAAGGAUCGAACAUUUUCCAUAUGAUAAUUCUCAUUUGUCUUCUCUCACAUGGACAAACAGUGAUCUAGAAGAAAUUAGCGAUGAAGGUUUUGCUAAUCUAAGUCAACUUAGGCAAUUGGAUUUGAGCCAUAACAAAAUAUCUUUUAUAAAUAAUGCUUUUCAUCCUUUAAAAAAUCUCCACGUUUUAAAUUUAUAUGGCAAUAAAAUCAGUAGUUUAUUAGGACAAUUUGAUGGCAAUAUAAAUUUAGAAGAACUGAUUCUUUCAAAUAAUAGAAUAAAUAAUUUAUCUAUGGAUGUGUUUCAAAACUUGAAGAAAUUGAAACGCUUAGAUUUGUCAAAAAAUGAACUGUCAAAUAUAGCGGCUUUAGGCAGUUUAGAUCCUAUGCCUUUAGAAUAUUUGGAUCUUAGUGAAAACUUAAUAGCGUAUCUUCCUUCAGAUUUAUUUUAUCACUCGAAUAAAUUACAGAGUUUGAAUUUAGCUGAGAAUAGCUUAGAAGAACUCCCUGCACUGUGUUUUAUGAAUUGUAGAGAAUUAAAACAUCUGCGAUUAGAUAAUAAUAAGCUUAUCACUCUGAAAAAUGACCAUAUGUACGGUCUAGUUAAUUUAACAACGUUUUCUAUUAAAGACAAUAGCCUAGAAAACAUAUCCGACGCUGCGUUUAUUUAUACAAAAAAUUUACAAAGUUUAGAUGUUUCUGGAAAUAAUAUUACUGUUAUUCCCAUGUCAAUUAAACAAUUGCCAUACCUCCGAGAAUUCGUCAUAGAACCGAGUGGCAUUGAAUAUGAUUGCGACUGUAGAAAUUCAUGGUAUCUUCAGUGGGUAGAAGAAAGAAAAAAUAUAAUAACCGCUACUUCAAUUAAUUGUAUGAAUAGGUGGUACGACUUGGAAACACAAUCGAAAAAAUGUGUUUAUCAAGAAUUAAGAAAAUUUCAGCUUGUAGUGUUUGAGUUUGGUUUACCCGCCAAUCUUGAUUGUGAUCAGCUUAGCAGUCUUUCAAAUAUUACAUGGCACACACCUACAGGCCUUAUUCUCAAUCUAGUAAACACAGAAAAUACUCUAAAAAAUUUGACUACUUAUGACGAACCGAAAAUCAAUGACAGAGUGAGAGUUUUAAGAAAUGGAUCGCUUCAUCUAAAGGAAGUCUUGAGAGAAGAUAUCGGUCUUUACACCUGUGAUUCCGCAGACGGCUACCAAAACAAGAAAACUCAUCUCGUACUGCAGCUUGAUCCUAUUACGUUCUACAGAAUUAAAAUUUUAAGCAUUUCGGCUGGGAUACUGUCAGCAGCAUCUUUCCUUGUAUUAACUGUCAUUAUUCAGAUGAUAAUAAAAUGCUUCAAAAGAUGUGGAUGCUGUACAUCACCGGCCCCAGAAGAUCAACCAUCUGGAAAACAAAUAUUUCAAAUUUUGGAAAGUAUUGAGCAGUACAAGAGACAGCAACUCGAAAGGCUUAGGGAAAAUUAUACCCUCCAGGUACAUAAAAUAAAAGAAAACUGUGCUCAACAAGUUGAAUGGAUUUGUGACAGUUACCAAAGUCAGGUUAAAAAUUUACGAGAUUUCAGAGACUAUGGUACGAGUCACCUCUCAUCAAUGAAAGACCAGUAUUAUGACCAGGUGAAAAAAGUCAAAGAGUAUUCAAAUGGACAACUAAGUAAAGUUAGAGAAAAUUAUGUAUUCCAGAGAAAUAGAAUAAGAAAAUUCAGUUCUCACCAAGUCCUUAGAUUUAGAGAAUCUUACAAGUUUCAGCAGCAGACGUUGAAUAAAUUAUUAGAAAACCUCCCCAGCCUAUACUUGGAAAAUUGUAGAAAUGGUUCCUGUAGCAAGAGCGAUUCAGCAGACCUUGGCAACCAAGAUGACGCCGAUCAUGAAGUUUACAUUAAAACAAAAAUCGUCAACGUGGAAGCCGCACAAACUUUUGACGAUUUGAAUCCCGACUGUCAAUCUGUCUACUACACCCCAUCGGAAUUAUCAGAAAGUCCUCAUACACCCGCUAGAGAUAAGAACUUUAGAAAGCUAUCGCUCUUCCCUCAAUGUGAUAGUUUUAAGCCAGAGGAGAGAAUUUUAAAUAAAAAAGUAUAUUCAGCAAUACCAAGAGAAAUUAUUAGCGUCAAUAUAAAGCGCCAUGAUAGAAGAUCUGCAGAAAUAAAUUCAUUGAAUAAUAGUGGACAUAGCAAGAUGUCUUGUCAUAGGGCUGUCAGCAUGCCAGAAAUCAAAAAACAGACAAUAAACGAACACUGUUUCAUACACAAUGAUGUCGCAAAACCGAAUGAAACAGCUCUUUAAUGUUAUUCGUGUGACAGUUUCUCAGGUGUUUAAAAGCAAUCUUGGAUAGCCAACAUGUGAUGUUCCUACCAUAAAAUACAUGUAAAUAAAGUAUGUAUGAGAUGUUCAACUUCAAUGAUUUUGCCUGAAUUUCAAUUUCUGUUUUCUUUCGACCGAAUAAUUAGACAAAAUUCUUCACAGGGUGCACUAUUAUACAA